AGUGUUACAGAGAGGAGAGCUCUGGAUUCUGAACCUGCCAGAAGCAAAGAUGGAGCAAGCCAGCCUCACCACGAAAACACCCAGCAAUGUCAUCACCUGCCGGGCAGCUAUUGCCUGGACAGCAAAUGCACCCAUGUCCAUUGAGAAGAUUGAAGUUGAUCCACCAAAGGCUGGCGAGGUUCGAAUUAAGAUUAUAUCCUCUGGGAUCUGUGGUACUGAUAACCAUAUCCUGGAAGGGAAAAACAAAGUGCCACUUCCUGCCAUCCUGGGCCAUGAGGGAGCUGGAGUUGUGGAGAGUAUUGGACCAGGAGUAACUACUGUAAAACCAGGAGAUAAAGUCUUAGUGUUCCCUCUUCCAGAAUGCAGAGAAUGCAUCUAUUGCCUGCACCCUACAGGCAACUUCUGUAAGAAAGAAAAUCUUCUCUCUCCAACUGGAUUAAUGUUAGAUGGAACCAGCAGAUUUACCUGCAGAGGGAAGAAAAUCUAUCAUAUUUAUGGGACCAGCACAUUCACAGAAUAUACUGUGGUAGAUGAAAUCUCAGUGGUGAAGAUUGAUGAGGCUGCUCCUAUGGAUAAAGUCUGUGUUGUGAGCUGUGAGGUGCCAACAGGCUUUGGAGCUGUAUUUAACACAGCACAGGUCACCCGCGGCUCUACCUGUGUGGUUUUUGGACUCGGAGGGGUUGGAUCAGCCAUUGUCAUGGCCUGCAAAGCCUCUGGGGCUUCUAGAAUCAUCGGGGUUGACAUCAAUGAGCAGAAGUUUCCUCGGGCAAGGGCCUUGGGUGUCACUGACUGUCUCAAUCCUAAGAAGCUCAAGAAACCCGUCCAUGAGGUGGUAAUGGAAAUGACGAGUAUUGGAGUUGACUUUGCCUUUGAGGCCAUUGGCCUCACUGAAACCAUGAUCGCAGCUUUGAAAUCAUGCCAUGUGAGCUACGGAGUGUGUGUGAUCAUGGGAGUAGCUCCCACAGAGUCACAGCUUUCUUUUGACCCAGUGGUGCUUCUCCCUGGGAGGACCCUGAAAUCUUCUGCUAUGGGAG